UGUAAUCGGCUCAUCCUCAAACUUGCCUAUGCCGGUCCUGGACAACUCUUCAAAUAGCGCCCCUACAAUUUUUUUAAAUACGUAAUCAGCUGAUUGACAGAGGGUGUGGUGAUGUCAAAACCCAACACACCCAAGAACAGAUAGUUAAAUGCAGGGACAAUGUGGUACUUGAUUGUCACUGCUCGUAGUAUAAUAUGGAUGUUGAUAAGUCUCCUGGCCACUCUGCUAAUGCUGGGGGCUUUCAUGAGCCCCCUGUGGCUAGUGCGCGGCCAACAAGAAAUACAUUUCGGCAACGAGACAAUCACUUACACGUCCAGUGUUGGGGUUUACACCAAAUGCGGAAAACCGAUUAAAAUAGAGGGGCCUGCAUGCACCGCUAUUGCAGUCAGGGGGCUUUCCACCGACUCAAACGUGUUUCCGGGGGCUUGGAAAGCAGCGACAAUUUUUCUAAUCACAGGUCUCAUAAUAAUGUCAGCGACUGUUUUCAUGGGUUUAGUCAGUUGCCGAAUUCAGAGCUUCUUUAAGAAGAGUAUUUUUACGAUGUCUGGGGCGGCGCAAGCCAUAGCAGGGAUUUGUUUCAUCCUGGGUGUGAUGUUGCACCCAAUGGGAUGGGGCGCAGUGAGGGUCCAGAAAUUGUGCGGAAGGGACGCUUCGCCCUUUUAUCCCGGGGACUGUAGUCUAGGAAUGGGGUUGGGAUUGGCUGUCGCUGGUACUUUGCUGGCGUUUGUCUCAGCGUGUCUUUCGGUACCUGCCGAAAAUUCCACAAGCAGUGAUAAAGUACAAGACCAAAUAUAUGAAGGCCAGACCCUCAUUUGUCUUUUGUAAAAAAGGGGAUUUAUGAUCAAAGUGGCCUAAUUACGUCACAGGCUACUUUGAUUGGAAAUUUAAAUGAAAACACGGUAUUGUUUAUGUGUUUUAGAUGUCUGACAUGAUCUUGAAUACCAAAUUGUACUGAAAUGUGCCUUCAAGUCUCUUGGGAACAAUUUCGGCAAUUUUAUAAGUGAUAUUUAUUUUUUUAUGUAAUGGUGCUCCGUAUGUACUGCCAUGUAACUGUACUUAUUUUUAAUUAGUCUAGCUUUUAUAUCGUUUUUAUACCAAAAAUCUUUAUCGUACUUUAAGUGUUUAUACCAUUUAGCCGCACUUUUAUAAUCUUAUAUAAAAUAUGUAAUAAAAACAUUUCACGUAAA